UUCUCUGCAGUCGCCGUCAUCGGACCAACGCGACAGCCACACGGUCACAUGGAGCAGCUUUGACCGAACACUUGAGAUUCCUUUGGUCGUUAAAACUUGGAUUCCGGUCGCAGAUUGGCUGUAGUGCAACAAUGUUGACUACUUUGAAGUGAUCAGAAGUGCCGACAGGGACUGCAGUCGACAGUCUGUCCUCAUUGUCCUGCAUCAGCCUUUGAAGUGAGGCCAGAGUGUGAAUCAAACUGACUCCUCCUUGUACAGAGCCCCCCUUCAAAGUGUCAGGGAGCAAGUGAGACAAGGACACAGGAAAACAGCCAAAUAGUGAGUUUAAAGGAAGACCUGCCAAAGGAAAUAAUUCAGUCUUGUCAGGAGCCUAACAUGGGGAACCAGUUAACAGAAAUUGCCCCCAGCACCCCGUUCCUCCCCGGCUUCCAGUCUUUACACGUUGUGGUGAUCGGUUUGGACUCGGCAGGGAAAACCUCCCUCCUCUACAGACUCAAGCUGCGGGAGUUUGUCGAGACGAUCCCGACCAAAGGCUUCAACAUGGAGCGAAUUAAAGUACCCUUGGGGAACUCCAAAACCAACACCACCACUUUCCAGGUGUGGGACGUCGGCGGUCAAGAGAAACUGAGGCCCCUCUGGAGGUCGUACACCAGGCGGACGGACGGGCUGGUGUUCGUGGUGGACGCAGCAGAGGCAGAGCGCAUGGAGGAGGCCAAGGCGGAGCUUCACCGGAUCACCCGGUCAGCUGAGAACCAGGGGGUGCCCGUGCUGGUUCUGGCAAACAAACAGGACCUGGAUGGAGCUGUCUCUGCUUCAGAGGUGGAGAAGGUUCUGGCUCUCCACGAGCUGAGCUCGUCCACGCUGCACCACACACAGGGCUGCUCAGCGCUGGACGGUCAGGGCCUUCAGGGCCUGGAGAAACUUUACGAGAUGAUCCUGAAGAGGAAGAAGAUGCUCCGACAGAGCAACAAGAGGAGAUGAGGGAGAGGAUCGCAGCGGUGCUGGGGAUGAUGGAGGUUUAGUUUUUCAAGCACUACUUGUCUGAGGACCUUUCUCAGCAGCCACGUCUGACACUUUUGGAACUUCAGAGAGUAAAACCAGAAGGAAGCCUGUCAAGACUUCAGACAAGUUGGGAUGAGUUCACACUUUGGCUCUAAAGUCUGUUCCACAUGUUCCUUCACCCGCCAGACGUUUGGGCAGACCUGCUUCCUUUGGGAUUGUGUCUGCUCUCGAGCACUCUGCCCUCUCCUCGUGUCCCAUCCCCCCCCAUCCUCAGAGGAGCAUAGCGGAGAGAUAUACAGCUCCAGAGGGAGCACCAGAGGGAAACCUGUGCAAUACAUAAUAAACACAUCCAAUAUUGAAGGAUAUUUUCUACCACUACUUGCACAAAGUGUAGUGCCAACAAAAAACCUGCAGGCCUAAGCUGAGCACAGUUCCUGUUCCUUUUCAAUGUCGCACCACCCAAAUACCCGCUUACGGAAUAUUUACACUUUUGUUGAUCAAAAGAAGAUUGUUAUGCUUAUUCUAGGUUACAAACUACCCAAUGUUUAGUUAGGCAUGUCAUCUGGGACUGCAGUUAACCACCAGCGUUAAAUGUACAGACAGACACACUGUGGCUGCAGAAUCCAGCCGUGCAACUUUAGUUUUCACUCCUCGCCAAAGUUGUUGUCACUGUUCGGUGUGUUUCGGGGUUUCAGGGUCGGUUGGAUGGUUGGUCAUUUCAAACGAGUAAUUGUUUUUUGUUUUUUUAAUACGGUGUGCAUUUAAAUUUGGAAAAUGUCAACGUGAAUAAAUGAUUGUGCAACUUUUGCAUUAAUUACUGGAAAUCAUUUUUUGCACUGGGGAUAAAUUGACAUGAAGAUAUUAUGCACGUUAGGCCCCGACCACACCGAGAAGCGUUGCAGCGGGCGUGGCUGCUUCAGGAACUGCCUCUUGGCAGAGCGAGUUGGGCAAAACUGCUGACGAGCCUGUGGAGCCGGGGUGCGUGCCGAACCAGUCCAUCAAAUUUAAUUAAACGAAGAAAAAAGUUGAUUCAACGAGCUCAUGCUGUUGAAUGAAGAGAAUAAUUCUAUAGUUCAUCAGAAUUUUAAAAAAAUGCUAAUAUCAACCUUUUGUCUGCAUUUCGGUGUGAUCGUUGCCUAAUAUAACCAGUGUUGUAUAGGGCCAGUACAAAGGUACCGACUGAGUAAUGGCUCAUGUUACUCUAUUUGUCUUAUUGUCAACAAUCCAGUCGUGUGUGUGUGUGUACUGUAUAUGUAUGUGUAUAUAU